AUGGGCAAGAAUAAUCUCACCAUAGUAACUGAGUUCAUCCUCAUGGGCUUUCCUGACUAUCCUGAGCUGGAGAUCGCUCUCUUCAUGGCAUUUCUGAGUUUCUAUCUAGUCACCCUCCUGGGGAACCUGGGCAUGCUCAUUCUGAUCCAGGAGGAUGCCCGACUCCACACCCCGAUGUACUUCUUUCUGAGCCACCUCUCACUGCUGGACACCUGCUACACCUCGGUCAUCACCCCUCAGGUCCUGGCCACCCUGGCCACGGGCAGGACGGUCAUCUCCUACGGCCAGUGUGCUGCCCAGUUCUUCUUCUUCACCUUCUGUGCAGGCACGGAGUGUUUCCUGCUGUCGGUGAUGGCCCUCGAUCGCUACCUGGCUGUUGGCAAUCCACUGCUCUACACCGUGGCCAUGCCUCCCAGGAUCUGCUGGGCGCUGGUCCUCGGAGCCUACGUCUGUGGGCUAAUGGGGUCCAUCCUGCGUACCUCAUGUACGUUCACCCUCUCCUUCUGUGACGACAAUCAGAUCAACUUCUUCUUCUGUGACCUCCCACCCCUGCUGAAGCUGGCCUGCAGUGACACAAAAGAUGUAGAGAUUGUCAUUAUCUUUUUUGGCAACUUUGUGAUUUUGGUCAACGCCUUGGUCAUCCUGAUUUCUUACCUGCUUAUCAUCAAGGCCGUUUUGAAGGUCAGCUCUUCAGGGGGCAGGGCUAAGGCUUUCUCCACGUGUGCCUCCCACCUCACUGCUGUGGCUCUGUUCUUCGGGACCCUUGCCUUCAUGUAUCUGCGGAGUGCUUCAGGCACAUCCCUAGAGGAAGACAAGGUGGUGACUGUCUUCUACACUAUGGUCAUCCCCAUGCUGAACCCUCUGAUCUACAGCCUGAGAAACACGGAUGUGAAAGCAGCCUUCAGAAAGGUCACUGGUAGGUUCCAGGUGUCCCAGAGCGUGUAG